AUGGAGCUUUUUGACCUGCCCGUGGAACUAUUCCAGUGUGUUGUUAGGUACCUGGUUAGGGACGUGGGCCCACUCUACGUCGCAGACUACCGGCUUGUAUGCAGACUCUUCGCUAUCGAGAUACAAAAUGAAAUUUUGGCGAAACAACCGCUCGUAGCUUAUUCUCAAGAGGAACGUCGAUUACCUGCGAGGGAGCCGAUACAUGUAGCGACCGCCAGAGACGACGCUCGGUUCACGAAGCUUUUCGCUCAACACGGCGGUACCAUCAUAGGUCAUGAGGUUCUACGAGACCAAAAAAACCCUCUCCCACUAGUUAAGCAUCUGAAGGUCCUUACAGAGACUGUUCUUCGUCUCAAGGACUCCGAGUCACGCAAGCUACGCAGGACGUACACGUUUGAUAUAUCCAAUGCGAUCUCCGGAGUGUACCAGAAACAACUACGCUGGCGAAUUUCCCUACGCACCUCUUCCGAGAUUGCAGAUCCUUCGAUUGAAGAUGAUUUACCUGCUGCUCUCGCCGCGACCGGUAACGUAAAGCUGCUCUUGGAAUUGGCCUCUACUAGAGCAAACUGUCUGACAAAAAGCGGCUCGUCUCUCCCAGACCCUCUAUCGGCGGCGGCAGCGAGUGGACAAGUGGAAACUGUUAAGAUGCUUGCAGAUCACAUCCUCCAAGAAACCAAGGCCAACCCUUCAACUGCAAUACGAACAACAACGAUGGACCUGGGGGAUGCGCUCAAAUUUGCGAUCCGAAAAGGCCAAAUGCAGACCGGAGUCUUGAUAUCUGACCGGCUCUACAAAGCAAGGGGUCGUGAAAUGCUAUCGCACCGCCUGACCAUGGAGUGCUUGCAAUAUCUUGAUACAGGCCUUCUGCGCAGGGUACUAAUCGACAACCAAAGAGUACUUUUGAAACUGCCACAGCCCCGGGACUAUGGUACUUUCAACCAGAAGCUUACUCUCCGAGUUUAUGAGAUGGAUCAGCUGUUCACCAAGGGCAGCCGCUCCAUGCUUCGUGCCUUUCUUCGCGACGGUCUUAUCGAUGCAAACCAUUUCGACAGCCUUAGCGAUCUAGAUCAAGCCUGUUAUGACGCCACAACGCCGCUUGCACUAGCCGUACACCACCACCGCUACGACCUUGCCCGUGUGCUUAUUCAACACGGAGCACACAUAGACGGUGUGCCAAGGACAGGAAAUCCCGUGACCGCGCUGUGGCACGCAGCAAGAGAUGGCUACAUCGGCUGCAGUGACGCCCCCCACCCUGGAGUACGCUUCCUGCUCAAACACGGCGCUGAUCCUGAUAUCCACGGGGACUGGAGGUCGCCACUCCGCGCUGCAGAGAAGCGCUGGCCAGACGUAUACUUCAUUCUACAACAGGCCAAGGACUUUGGUGUUGAUGUCGCGCUGCAUCCCGAUACUUGGAGACGCUAUGAGCUGGUGGUAAAAAUUCCCAUGCAAGUUGAUCUCACUGACAGUAUCCCAUCUCUUUCAGAGCUGAUAGACGAUUGA